AUGGAGGCUGAAAAGGCCCAGUUUGCUCUGAGGGAGAAAGAGUAUGAAGAGAAGCUGAAUCGGAUGGGGAUCGGGCUGAACUCCAGGAUCGAUGUCGAGGAGAGAUUGAUGGGGGAGAUCAAGGCAUUGAGGGCCUCGGAGGAAGAGGCCAGAGCUCGGGCUGAGGAGGAGCGCGGCAAAGUUAGAGAGGCCAUCCAGAAGGUACAAGAGGCCAACGAAAGGGCAAGGCAGGCUACCAAAAGGGCUGAAGAGGCUGAGGCCAAGGUUGAUAGAGCGGUGGACGCUUGGAAGGAGUCUUCCAAAUUUGAUGUCGUAGCCCAGGAUAUCUAUGUGGUAGCACUGGAAGAGCUGGUGGGGCACAUCAGGAAGGAGAGGCCUAAUAUUGAUGUGGCCUUUCUGGAUGAGGCGCUGGAGGGGCAGAAGGAGGAGCUGCGGAGGUUGUCUAAGUCUGCUGGAGUCCGGGUAUUACCGACAGCUCAGGAUGUUGAGGAUAAUACCCCAGCCCACCAAGACACUAUGCGGUUAAAAACAUUGUUUUUGAGCAGGGCAUUGAAAAUUUCCACUAAGGGUUGCAGUACGUACGACCUUAGAUCGGCCUGC